CAGUUCAGCAAAUGUCAUAGGGUAAGGUUAAGUUUAUGUUUAUUUUAUUCCAAAUUUCAGUUAGGGAUGAAAAUUAGAUUCAUGUAAGGUGUUUGUAAUAUUAACUGCUAGAAAAUAAAUAUUUAAGUAAACCUAAACCAUGGGUAAUGCUGGUAGUGGACCUGGUCGAGACAGACAAAAGCCUGGGGAACCUAGUGCUCCUCACUCACCAAGCAAAGAAGAACAAGCUUUUGUAUUUGACAAAAAACCAAAUAAUAAACUAGUAUUUCAGUCAUCCCAUGAUGAAGAGGAACCGUAUUUUACCAAAGGACGUGAUGCUUCGGAUAAUGAAAUUGGAGCUCCUAGGAAAAGGGCUGCAACUCUUUCUGAAGGAUCCAAAAUCCCAACAGGAAUUGAUGAUACAGUUUUACCAACAGUGUUCAAAUGGGAAGGAGGAGGGAAAAAUGUGAUGAUAAGUGGGACUUUUUCUGAUUGGUUGCCUCUACCCAUGGUGAAAAGCCAUGGAGACUUUGUGACAAUAAUUGAUUUACCUGAAGGUGAACAUCAGUACAAAUUUUAUGUGGAUGGAGACUGGAAAUAUGAUCCUGGCGCGAGAAUAACCGACAACGGGAUGGGCUCUAAGAACAACCUUGUCACGGUGAAACGGAGCGACUUUGAAGUGUUCCAAGCGCUUGCCAUGGACAGUGAGAGUGCCUCAGACAGACAACAGAGAGAAUACUCACAAGAGAUUCCAACAAACAGACCGUGGGAGAAGCCGUCGGGACCCCCUAUCCUGCCUCCUCAUCUACUGCAAGUCAUCCUCAACAAGGACACUCCAUUGUCGUGUGAGCCAACCCUACUUCCAGAGCCGAACCAUGUAAUGUUGAACCAUCUGUACGCUCUGUCCAUCAAAGAUGGCGUAAUGGUAUUGAGUGCGACACAUCGCUACCGCAAGAAAUACGUCACCACUCUGUUGUACAAACCUAUCUAAAGUGGAUAUUGUUACCAUUACACAGGUCUAUAGGCCUUGCUCGUCUAAAGGGUCAAUUCAAAGUUGUAUUUGAGGAUGUUAAAGCUUGGUUUAGGCGCCUACACAGUUAGAUGGGUUGAUGUGGCCAAGUUAACGUUCUACUGUCCUUGUUUUACAAUUCAUUGUCUUUGAUGUUUGUAAAGUGCUUGGAUGAGAAUUUUUCAUUCCUCUACACUAUGAACAUAAAAUACUGCAUGAUUGGAGAAGCCAGAGUUCAGAAUCAACUUCACUGACUGUCUGGCUCGACUUAAACCUGCGCUACACAUAUUUGAUAGCCGAAAAAUAAAUUGCCCGUUAACUUCACACAAGUAAAACAGCCUUAAUGCAGACAUUUUUUAGUAAUCUUACUACUUUGUAUUGGAAAUUUUUAAUGUUUUUUUAUAAUUUAUCAAAAUUGGCAUUCACCCCAUGAAAAAUAAAAUAAUAUCAAGUUUUAAAAUCCUCUGAUACUUAUUUUCACCCUCGGUAUAUUAUUGAUGUUUUAAUUGUAAAUAACUGCUUGAUAUUAAUUUAAGUUCUAGAAAGUCAUAACUUUGGAUUGUUUGUUUGUCAAAUAUUUUGUAUAGACGUUAACUUAGGGUUAGUUGCUUUCUUUAAGUGGGUGUAGCAUUUCCGAUGCAAGGUGAUAUUUGGAUAAGAAAAACUGGUAGGAUCACGACUAGUUCUCAAUUGAAAUGCUUGAAAUGAAUAACAUUGGGUUUCACACUAUUGGACACAUUAUUUGUACUAGAGGUUGAAAACUCAACCAAUAAUAUGUAUUGUGCAAACUUUUCUAUUUUUACCCCACGCUGUAAAUAAAACAUGUAUUGGAAUUUC